AUGGCUGUGCGGCUCUUUGAGGGGAAAGAUCAUGCAGCGGCUUACCUGCAGUACAGAGUGGCACCCCAGGAGCUGGUCAGCACAGUUAUGAACUUUAUGGAGAAAAGGACACCAAAACCAUUCAACCUUGCACUGGAUGUAGGCUGUGGAUCGGGGCAAGGGACGACCCUUUUGGCUCCAUACUUCACCAAAGUGAUUGGAACCGACGUCAGCCCCGUCCAGAUAGAGACAGCGCAAGCCAAUAAGAACCCUCCAAAUGUCUCAUACAGGCAGUGUCCAGCAGAAGAGCUACCAUUUACGUCUGGAGAGGUGGACCUUUUGAGUGCCAUGACAGCAGCUCAUUGGUUUGAUCACCAGCGGUUCCUCAAGGAGGCUGACAGGGUGCUGAAGCCUGGAGGCUGCCUGGCUCUCCUUAGCUACACCAUGGACAUGGAGCUUGAGUACGGAGACAUCUCCAGCACUCUCAAUGACAUAUGCAAAGAGUUUUAUGGUGCCCUGCUUCCAUUCCGAGAUCCCUACAUUGGAAAAUCCUCUAAGAAGAUCUACCUAGACAUGUUCAACUCCUGCUCUUACCCAGACAAAGAGUGGAACGAGUGCCUGCAGACGAAAAGAACCCUGCCAUUGAGUCAAUAUAUUGGCAUGGUGGAGACCUUCUCCAGCUACCAGAAACUGAAGAAUAAGGACCCCGCCGAGGCCAAACAUCUCUCUGACAAUAUCAGGAACAAGUUGAUGUCUGCAAUGAAGGUGUCCUCUCCUAAGACAGAAGUCAUGAUGAUUAUGCAUUAUUUCUACUGGCUGGCGUGCAAACCUUGA